UUGAAUCAUCAUGGCUGACAAAAGUUUGCAAAGUUUUAGAAAAUGAAAUAAAUGUUUAUUUCUUAGAUCUGACAUAUAUAUUUAAGAAUUAUGUCCCAAAUACACGGUCUACCUCCGUUGCCCCAAUGUUUUGACGGCUUGAUAAAGGUCGAAAGAACUGUGUCAGAGACAAGUCAAGGUGAAAUCCGUGAAGGAACGAGCCACUGUUUGAACAUUUUGGACAAUAAUCGGAAUGAAAGUGUUGGUAGUUGUAAAGACAUACCUGAUAACUUGUCUACAGAUGCUGAUGAUAAUGCGAUAGAAGAGUCGGUGUCUCCAAAUUUUGUCGAAACCCCUUUCUCGAAGCUGAACACUGCAUUGAGGCGACUGAAGGAUGAAAUGGUUGGAUUACGGAAGUUAGAUGUGACAUUACUGUAUCAGUUAUGGACAUUACACGAAGCCAUACAGGAAUACAAGGUUGUCAUGCAGGACCAGUAUUCAGACUUGGGUUCAGAGUACUCCUGGGGUGGUCUCAGCAGCCGAGCUUGCUCUAUCACCAGUAUAGACUCGUGUGACUUCAACGAAGAUUUCAGACUGCAGUCAGAUCCGUCAAUCAUCAGUUCAUUACAGGGCAGUACAACAAGUCUGAUCCAGCAGAUAGAAGAGCUGAAAGUUAGGGCAGAGACAGAAUUUUAGUUUUUCAGUUAAUAUAUAUUAUUGUAAUAGUUAUAGUUGUGGCUAUUUUUAGCAUAUCUCCUAAUCAGUAACAGCAGUAUUCAUGACAUACUGGUGAAAGGCUCUUUACUUAACCAGCUUUUAUGUAUUUGUAUUAGAUAAAUAUUUCUAGUUAUAUUUCUUUUUUGUCAGCAUUUUAGUGACACCAGUAAUUUAGAUUUAUUAAUUGGUUUAAUUUCUUUUUGGAAUAAGUCAGAAUAACAGCGUUUCGUACAGCAUGGACAUUGAUUUUUUUUAAAAUAUCCUUGCACAUAAAGACUUAUGCAUUUUUGUUAGGGAUUUAUUUUGCUUAAUCUUCCUCAUAAUUCAGCUUUAAACAUUUAAUGGUUGUUUGCGGGUUGCAUUUUUUGUUUUUAGAAAUUUAUACAAAUAUUCACAUCAUGUUUGAGUAACCAGACCAUGACAGAAGGUAACUAGAGAAACAUAAUGUUUUCUAUGAUAUCUUUGAUGAAUGAGGGUGGCUUUUUUUGACGAUUUGUGUGAUGAAGUUCUUUUUUAUUAAGUGCUGUGAUAGCAUUUUUAUGUCUUCCAGACAUUUUCAGUGAUUUCAUUUGUCAUAAGUUUGAUAUUAUUUGUUGCAGACCAAUGAUUUUGCUUUUGAAAACAAAGAUUAUUGUAACAUUUAACACAAUUGUUUACAAAUUUUAAUGAUUUACACAUUUUACUUGUUAGUUUCGAAUUGUUUAUGUUAACUGGUUCAUAUUUUUCAAUGUAAUUUGUAUUGUUACAUACAUGUGAAACCAUUUUAAGUGAAGGUACACUUAUAUAAGCAUUUCUUUUUAGUGACUGGUUCUAAGAAAGUCAAAGGAUUUGUAUAUAGAGCCGAAUAAAGGUAUAUUUAUAUUCAAUUGAUUGUCAGGCAUGUACGUCAUCUUUCACUGGCACCUUUUACCUGUGACCAAAAAUAAUUUAAAAUGAUUAUUGGAAGAAAAGAUAGAGCUUUUGCACUUGCCAUUAUUCAUUGGUAUCUGUUAUUUGACUAAAUCCUUUUAUGUUCGCAGGUAUCUCAGUAAACAUUUGCCGGAGCAGGUAAAAACUUCACACUUGUUGUAUGUGUUGAUAUGAUAUAUACUUCGCAGGUUUCAUAACUCUGUUGUGCUUUUUGACAAAUUUUUGGUGAGAUCUGUUAUUUUAUCAAGCAUCAUAACAGGAGAAAUUUCUGUAAUUUAGAAUUGUUGCUGUUUUUAGCUCGACUAUUUGAAGAAAGUCUAGCUGUUCUACUCACCCUGGCAUCGGCGCCGGCAUCACACCUUAGUUAAAGUUUUGCAUGCAAGUACAUACAGCUACCAUUUAAAAGCAUAUAGCUUUGAAACUUAAUUUUUCUUUUUCUAGAUCAAUUACCAACCUCACUGGGUCAAGUCCCAAAACUCUGAAAUGUAUUUUGGGCAAAUUAUGCCCCCUUUUGGACUUAGAAAAUUCUGGUUAAAGUUUUACAUGCAAGUUACUAUCUCCAAAACUAAUGCAGAUAUUGAAUUGAAACUUCACAUGUGUCUUCGGGGUUAUAGAACUAGUUGAUAGCAUCAAGUCCCAUAACUCUGACCAGCAUUUUGGCCAAAUUAUGCCCCCUUUUUGGCUUAGAAAAUUCUGGUUUAAAGUUCUGCGUGCAAGUACAUACAGCUAUUACUUAAAGGCAUAUAUAUUUCAAACUUUUUAUGCCCCCGGCAUCUACUGAUGCUGGAGGCAUAUAGUGAUCGUCCUGUCCGUCCGUUCGUUCGUCCAUACGAGGUUAACCAAAUGGGACCGUUUCGUCUAGCAUCAAUACCCCUUGCUAGAAUGACUUGAUACUAAUGCAGAUGUAACCUGUGAACAUUCCUCAUCUUCAGACAUCACCUGACCUCAGUUUGACCUUGACCUCAUUUUGGACUUAGGUUGCCUUAUAUGGGCCAUCUCUUGGUUAACCAAAUGGGACUGUUUUGUCUAGCAUCAAUACCCCUUGCUAGAAUGACUUGAUUCUAAUGCAGAUGUAACCUGUGAACAUUCCUCAUCUUCAAACAUCACCUGACCUCAGUUUGAUCUUGACGUCAUUUUGGAGUUAGGUUGCUUUAUAUAGGCCAUCUCUUGGUUAACCAAAUGGGACCGUUUUGUCUAGCAUUAAUACUGCUUACAAGAAUGAAUUGAUACUAAUACAGAUGUAACCUGUGACCAUUCCUCAUCUUCAAACAUCACCUGACCUCAGUUUGACCUUGACCUCGUUUUGGACUUAGGUUGCUUCGUAUCGACAAGGAUGCCACCGGGGGCAUCAAGCGUUUAUUGAACGCAGCUCCUUGUUUUUUAUUUUUCUAGAUCAAUUACCAACCUCACUUGGUAAAGUCCCAUAACUCUGACAUGUAUUUUGGGCAAAUUAUACCCCCUUUUAGACUAAGAAAAUUCUGGUUAAAGUUUUUUACGUGCAAGCUACUAUCUGAAGAACAAAUGCAGAUAUUAAAUUUAAACGUCACAUGUGCCUUCGGGGUUAUAAAACUAGUUGAUUGCAUCAAGUCCCAUAACUCUGACAAGCAUUUUGGUCAAAUUAUGUCCCCUUUUGAAUAUAAAACUUCUGGUUAAAGUUUUGUAUGCAAGUUACUAUCUCCAAAACUAAUGCAGAUACUGGCUUGAAACUCUAUAGAUAUUUUAACAUUUAUGGUAACAUUUUCCUGCUUUUGGGACAAUAAUUUGAAUAGUUGAGCAUUGGCUUAUUUAUUUCUUUUUAUGUGUAGUAUUUUUUGUUUUCAAGUGACGAGCUUUUGAAUAAAUUGAAACUGUUUUAUUAGAUUAAACUCCUAUUUUUAUUCAAGUAUCUAUUUAAAGGCAUUGUACAAUAAGUUUUAAAACAUAAAACAUUAGGAUACAAGAGGAUAAUUGCAAAAUACCAUAAAAUUAACAACAGUGUAUAAAAAUGGUACUUAAAUCCUAAUUAACAUUAAAAUGUAAAUGUAAAAUUCGAACUGACCAGGCUCUGAAAAACAGAAUACCUAGUUGUUGUUUCUUAAAACAAUGCUUAAAAAUCUCUAAAAUAAAAUGUUUUCAGAUUCUUAAAAAUAUCUAGGGUUUAAACUGCUUAAUACACAGAGGUAUAUUAUUCCACAGUCUAGGACCAACAGUACCUAAACUUAGUCAUUAAAAGGCUUUCUCUUAUUUUGAAUAGUCGAGUGUUACUGUUCUAACCAGUUUUUAUGUGUGUUGUUGUUCUCAGACAGUUUCAGUUAAGCCGUCUAGACCAAAUGUUUGCCAUUGUUGCAUUUAAAGGGUUUAUAUUUUACUGACAAACUUUACUUUUUAUUUCAGGACCAAGUUUUUGUUGCCUUCUAAUUCUUUUCAGUGAUGAAGAAUCUAUUUGUUGUUAUAGAUAUAUUAUAGAUAGAUGGAUUCUUUAUCUACGUAUAUGAUAUUAUUUAUUUCCAACAGUGCAUUUGCUUUUCCGUUUUAUAUAAUGAAACAGCUGUAAUUGAUGUUCCUGGUUUCAAGGCACAAAUAAAAUUAUCAGUUAACAAUGAUAUUUUCUUAAAAACGUGUGAAGACUUGUAAAGUAAUCAAAGCUUUGUAAGUUUUUCUUUAUAAAAAAAAAUGAAGUCAGGAUUUUAAUGUUUCAGCUGGUGAAGGUUGAGAAUAUUAAAUUUUGACUACAUUUACUCUAUUAUGUUGUCUAGUCAGCGCAUGUGACUUGAGAAUGUCUUUCCUUAUUUUCAGUUGUUGUAAACAUUGUUGGAAUAUCAGAGAAUGUGUUGAUACAUAAGAAAACAAGUUACACAUGGAUAUGGUGUGAAAUGAUUUUGUGUUAUUUUGACUAAUGUGGGUUUACAUAAUGUUCUGGGAAAACAGUCAAUAUGGGCAAACUAUUUACAGUUUCGUUUAAAAAGAAUAAGUCCAUUUCCUAACAGAUGUCAGCUUUUUUGGUCAGACAAUUCUUAUAAUUACAAGUUUACUAUAAACUGUAUUUUCACCAUCUUUUUCAUCAGACAUAUAUACAGUGCUACUGAUAAUCUAGUAAUGUCAAUAGUUGUAGAUGUUACAAUUUAACAUUAUUGUAUAUUUUUCUUAUACUUUAUCAUAAAUAUAAUGUUGUAAGGGUUGCAAUGUUAACUGUUUCUUUGCUUAUGCAGUAAUAUUUUUGUAAAGAAAUAAUUAAACUACCAGUUUGUUCCGUGCUUGUCACCUGGAGUCCGAAAAGUUAUAAAAUAAUUCCAAGUUAUGAAUACCCUUACUGAUAGUUAUCCUCAGCAGGACUAAAACUGCAACUAUUAAGGAAAACAGCAAUCGUAAUAAUAAAGAUAAUAUUUUAGAGAUAUGAUAGUAUUGUUGAAGUCAUUAUGUUAGGAGAAAACUGUCCAGUAAAGUUUGAUUCCUUCAGUUUUACACCAUACUGUUACUGCAUGUAUGUCACAACAUAUUGCACAGUCUGCAGUUUUACACCAUACUGUUACUGCAUGUAUGUCACAGCAUAUUGCACAGUCUACAGUUUUACACCAUACUGUUACUGCAUGUAUGUCACAGCAUAUUGCACAGUCUACAGUUUUACACCAUACUGUUACUGCAUGUAUGUCACAGCAUAUUGCACAGUCUACAGUUUUACACCAUACUGUUACUGCAUGUAUGUCACAACAUAUUGCACAGUCUACAGUUUUACACCAUACUGUUACUGCAUGUAUGUCACAGCAUAUUGCACAGUCUACAGUUUUACACCAUACUGUUACUGCAUGUAUGUCACAGCAUAUUGCACAGUCUACAGUUUUACACCAUAUUGUUACUGCAUGUAUGUCACAACAUAUUGCACAGUCUACAGUUUUAUAAACAAAUAUUCCCUAGUAUUUAGCCAGUUCUUCAGACAAUGUAUUUACUAUUACUAAGAAUAAAAUAUCCCUACUCAGUUUCGAAAAAAAUGGAAAACAGCUGCCAGCAUGCUCCAUUAAUGGAUAGAAAAUAAAGUUGUAGCUUUAGUUACGGAAGAUUUUAGCAGAUUGUUUACUAGGAAGGCCGGACUAUUUCUAGGAUUAUUCUGAAAAUAUUUUGUCUCUAAAUACACAACAGGGUACAUUUUUGAAGUAAAAACUAUAUUGUAAUUGAUCUGAUAUAUAAUAUAUUUGAUCUUGAAAUAGUAUAAAGUUACUAUAAACUAUAUAUUGCAUAAUUCUAUUUUAUUUAUUCAACAUAUCGAAGUAAUUGUGUGAUGGCCGAGGUACAGAAAAUACAACGAAAAGGUUAGCAACAUUUUUAUUGGUCAUGUUUACUGUCAUAAAUAUUAAACAUUUCAUGGGUACAUUUUGUACAUAUAUCAUACGUGUGUUUUUAUCAGAUUGUUGGGGUGAAAUCCUAUAAAGUUUGGUUAAGAGAAAAUCUGUUUUAUGUAUAUUUAUUGUGGUAUUCAGAAAUUGUUUGUUUAUUAAGUAGUCGCGUUAUAUUAAUGUGCAGAAUGAAUAUGUAAAUUUUAUCCAGGUUCUACAGGCCAAUUCAAAUCUUGAAAAAAUGACUGCUACAGUUAGUGGAAAAUAUUUUUAUGUCCAAAUUAUCACAUUAAAGUUUUGUCAUUUACAAUCCAGUACAUUCAGGGUAAUCCGAAAUUCACUUUCUGCAUUUACAUUACAUUGGUGUAAGUAGAAUAGUUGUCUGUAUUUAUGUUAAACUAGCAUGAUCUGUGUUUAGAUAAUGAUUCUUAAUAUAGUAUGAAUUUUCAGAUAUUUUAAGGUAUAGUACUUUUUAGUUGAAUAUAUUUAACAUUAUAUAUUUACCUUUUAAGAUAUACCUUGGAAUUGGACAAUAGAGAACUAGAAGCACAAAAAAAAUCAACAUAUUUGCACACAAAUACAACAACAGUGCACAACUAUGUCAUAUGUAUGUUCCAUUUUAAGUUGUCAAGGUUAAGAAAAUACCUUUUAUCCACUUUUUCAGGCUUGUCUUUGUAAGACAUGUGAAUGGUAGUCAGAUCCUUCUGAGCUAUCUUAUAUUGCAUGAAACAAAACUGGAAAUAAUAUAGCGUUUGUUGUUGUUGUUGUAUGUACUGUCAACUCAUAUUCAAAAUGUAUAUAUAUAUGUAGGUUAGCUGGACAUAAACAGCUUAAGGUAUCUGGUCCACAAAUAAGCAAGUUCUAUAUAACAGUGCUAUUGAAAUAUAUCAAAUAUUGGUGCCUUGUAAGCUCAUAUGAUUUUGGUAUCAUUUGAAAGUGUAUUGUCUACUGAAAAAGAAAAUAUGAAUUACAUGACAAAAAUAUGUUAUAGAAUUUUUAUUUUCAUACUUUAUACUUUUCAUUGUUACUUCAGCAGAAAUCCAUUUUUUACAGUGUAAGAUUUAUCACUUCGCAGUAAAAAACAUGACUAGUGAUUCGUGCAUAUUAUUAUGGUCAUCUUAUUUACUAAUUCAUGUUCAGCUGACAAAACUCUUUCAAAUGAAACCAAACAAACAUGGGGCCACCAGGCAUCGAAAUUUUAUCUAUUUGUGGAUCUGAUACCUUAAGUAUAUGACAGUAUUAUAGAGAAUAGAAAUAUGGUGUAGCAUCUGUAUUAUGGGCAUUCAGAAUAUUCCGUCUCAAGCUGGAAGUUGUUACAUAUACAGUAGGAUCACUUGAUUCCAGUACAUUCAACUCUGACAUGAUAAAAAUGUGACUUUCGUUUUCUUUCACAAAAAUCAAAACUACUUAAAAUUGAGAACUCACUUUGUACAAGCAGUCAAAACUGUGUAAGUUUAAGAGUACUGUUAUGCCAGUAACAUACCAGAAACAAGUAAAUAUUCAUGCACUUUUUGAAUGUUUUUUGAAGGCACUAACUGUUGUGUAUUUAAUACUAUUUGUAAGUAGAAUUUAAAUUUUCUUUUAUUGGUAUAGUCUUAUACAGAAAUCAGAGAUAAAAAUGCUCUGGUUUCAGGUCGUCAUUUAUAAUUACAUCAUGGUGUCUUGUAUCAAACUUUAACCAAUUGAUGGAAGACUACAGCCCUGGUUACAUCAGUUUUUACAUCAGUUUAGAAAAAGACAUUGAGGAAACAAAGAAAAAAAUAUUUGCAAAGCAUUGAUAACAAGGGGUAAUAGUUAUAUCUUGUGAGGCAUGUUAGUUAUUGGCCCCCUGUUCUAAAUAAGGUAGAGCAACUAAAAUAAUGUUAGUAAUAAAAUCAUUUCAUUUUGUCUGAGGAUACUCAUAUUGGGCAAAGGUUGAGUGUCAAUAAAACCACAUUCGGAAAAAUAAUAUGACCAAAAAUGAAAUGAUAAUUUCAAUACUCACUUCCCAAUUUAAGCAAUGAAAAUGCUUGGUCAUUUGAUUGUAUCUGGGCCAAGACUUUUACAUAGUGGCCUAGAAUUUCUCAUAUUUCUUCAAGUGAGUUUGUGACUGACUCAGUCUUUUUAACAAUAUGCAUAAUUUAUCUUAUACUGUGUCUGAUGUUAUGUAAAUGAAUAAAAAAAAACAUGACAAAAAUACUUACUGGAAGUUCUGAAAGGUGAAAACAUUCUUGCUUACAAAAUACUAGAGAUGGAUUGAUGUGAAAAUAGUUGUUUAGCAAAAGGUUGAGGUAGAGUUGUUGUUCUCAAAUAUUUAUACUCUUUGUUAGAAAUAGAAAAUAUGUGAAUGUAAUUGUGUUUUUACGAUUUACUGUUAUUGAUGUUACAGGUUGUGUUCAGUGUUGUAUCACUAGUGUAGUGGACCAUGACAAAGUGCCUUAUGUAAACUAUUUGUUAUUAUUAUAUUGAUAUUAUUAGAUGGUUAUUACAUAA